AUGUGUGUUACCUACAGCGGUCUCUGUAUGGACUCAAACAAGCUCAUCGAGCAUGGUUCAAGAGAUUGCAUGAUUAUUUACUCUCUGCAGGUUUUUCAUCCUCGAAGACAGAUGUUUCUCUUUUUCAUUACUCCCGCUGGCGCCUCCCAUGUAUACUUGCUAGUAUACGUCGAUGACAUUAUUAUGAUGGGAAAUGACCCCACACUCAUUACCUCCCUUCUGCACCGCCUGUCUGCAACUUUCAAAAUUCGAGAUCUUGGUACUCCCGGGUUCUUCCUUGGAAUCGAAACUUUAAAGACUGACACCGGUCUCAUGCUGUCUCAACGCUGUUAUAUGAAUGACAUUCUGACCCGAGCCGGUAUGGCUGAUUGCAAACCUCUAGCCACUCCGGCUGCGGUCACUCAGCCUGUUUCGAGUGCCGCCGUGCCGCAUGACAAUCCGACCCAGUACCAUCGUGUUGUCGGGGCUUUACAGUACUUAACUAUCACUAGACCAGAUCUAUCACAUGAAAUCAAUCGCCUCUGCCAGUUUAUGCACACUCCGACCGCCGAUCAUUGGGGAUUGGUCAAGCGAGUGUUACGAUACAUCAAAGGCACUCUCGACUAUAGUCUUCGCCUCACGGUAUCCGAGACCUCUGCUAUCCAUGCCUACUCAGACUCAGAUUGGGUAGGGUGUUCGCUCGACAGGAAGAGCACUGGUGGCUAUGCAGUGUUCUUAGGGUCCAACCUAAUCUCCUGGCUUUCCCGAAAGCAACGCACGGUGGCCCGUUCGUCUACUGAAGCCGAGUACAAGGCCCUAGCUGACGUUGCAGCAGAAGUCACGUGGGUUGUAUCAUUGCUACGGGAACUUGGGCUUCACUCCGGCAUACCACCACGCUCUGGUGUGACAAUUUGGGCGCUACCUACUUGUGCGCUAAUCCUGUUUUUCAUGCCAGAACCAAGCAUGUGGAGAUUGACUUCCACUUCGUUCGAGACAAGGUUGCAUAUGGGGAUCUGA